AUGGUGGACAAAGAGAAUGUCGCCAGCGCCUCUGCCCACGGGAUCUAUGAUCUGUGCCUUGAUCCGACCGGCGUCUACUCCGAGCCCCCAGUCGCUAAGGCGAGCGUCUCAGUGAAUAGACUGGCCGCCACCGAAGAACCCGACCGAUGGGUAUGGCAUGGUGAGUGUUUCCCCGUUCUUUUCCACCUCACGCUCCGGUCGUCCGGUCGUCCGGUCAUCCGGUCGUCAGACAGACAUUAUCAAAACAGGAUACCAUUCAACAUUCCGCUGCAUAUAUUUACCUGA